AUGUCUACACUAUCUCGGUCAAGUAAACCAAUACUGCGCUCGCGCCCGUCUACAAGCCCAAAGAUUCCAAGAGUCUUCUUACAACUUCCUCCAAGCUUUCGAUCAUUUCAUGCCUCCCCACGACCUCGGUCUCUCGAUUCCGUAUUAAUAGCUACACAUGGGGUUUUGGAAGGAUUGCACUCUGUUACUGGCCUAAAAUGGGCUUAUGCUAUACCUCUCACAGCUUUGGCUAUUCGGGUCACUCUCAUCCUCCCAAUUGGUAUCCAAGCAAGACGAGCUGCGCAGAAACAAAUCGAUCUAAUGCCCCUCAUGAACGCAUGGCAACAUCAAUUUAGAAAACAAUCAAUACAGGAGGUUGGUCAUUUGGGGUCGGAUGCUGCAAAUCAAUUUGUUAAAGACAAAAUGCGAAAGAAGAAGAAUGAACUCUACUCUAAAUUCAGUUGUGGAACUUGGAAGCAAUAUCUGUCGUUGGUGCAACUACCUGUUUGGAUGGUCGCCGUAGAGACGAUUCGAAAAAUGUGCGGUGCACACGAUGGGAUAUUGAAAUGGAUUGAAUCUCUAUUCACAUCUAGUAAUGCAAAUGAGUCUGCGGCCGCCGCUGACCUGGAUUUGGGCUCGUUACUAUUAGAACCAACCUUCGCGACAGAAGGAGCAUUAUGGUUUCCUAAUCUCCUCAUUCCGGAUCCAAUGUUGAUGCUUCCUUUCAUGCUUUCUGGGUCUAUCCUUUUGAAUCUUUCUAGCAUGGGGCGUCCAAAAAGUGUAUUCAUGAGGAGAUUAUCGAACUCAUUGAAGGUAGUGGCUCUUGCAAUUAUUCCACUUACAUUGCAGAUACCGAGUGCAAUGUUGGUGUAUUGGACAUCUUCCUCCUUGAUGGCUUAUGGACAAGCUAAAGUGUUGGACAUUUUUAUGCCAAUUAGAAAACCUGUAGUGCCAUGUAAAGGUGGUCAACCUGUUAGAUAUGCAGGUAGGAAGGAGAAAUGA